GUACUGACUGCAUUUUGAAUCUCGUUUAGAGUUCUGAGCUUUUUACGCUGACCUACGGAGCUCUGGUCACCCAGCUUUGCAAGGACUAUGAAAACGACGAAGAUGUGAACAAGCAACUGGACAGAAUGGGCUACAAUAUUGGUGUCCGAUUGAUUGAAGAUUUCCUGGCUCGGUCAAACGUUGGCAGGUGCCAUGACUUUCGGGAAACAGCUGAUGUUAUUGCCAAGGUAGCUUUUAAAAUGUACCUGGGCAUCACCCCAAGCAUCACCAACUGGAGCCCCGCUGGUGACGAAUUUUCCUUGAUCUUGGAAAACAACCCCCUGGUCGAUUUCGUGGAGCUUCCUGAUAACCACUCAUCCCUCAUUUAUUCCAAUCUCUUGUGUGGGGUGUUAAGGGGAGCCCUGGAGAUGGUCCAGAUGGCCGUGGAUGUGAAGUUUGUUCAGGACACACUGAAGGGAGAUGGGGUGACAGAAAUCAGGAUGCGGUUCAUCAAGCGGAUUGAGGACAACCUCCCAGCGGGAGAAGAAUAACCAUUCCAAGGGCAGUGGAGAUGACCAGCUAGGGCACUUGCUAAUUCUCAACCCUUCCCUGGGGUUGUAAAGUCAAAGUGCCCCCACCUUAGAGAACUCAGUGACUCUUUAAGAUGUUAUAUAUUCUUCUAAUCUUGUUUCCAUUUUCCAUGCUAAUAAAAAACAGACUUGUGUGAUAUAUUCCACUUAUCCCACAAGUGCGUGCUACUGAUUUCACUCUGCACAGUGGGUAUUGUCUCAUGCUCCAGGGAGAAAGUCCUCUCUCCUCUUCCCCUAACUGGUAGGAUGGAAACUUCUUCGCUUCUUGGAUCAGAAGGAGCUCAAGCUAACUUUACAUUCCUGAUUGAAUUUUCCAAAGCAAAACCUUCUUUGACCUGAUUGGGAGAAAAGCCUGGCGCAUCUGUCCAUUCCUAUAACUUCUGUGCCCUCGUGAGAGUCAUCAGCAAGCUGGGUGGGCGGGCACCUGGAAAGGGAGGAGGCUCUCAAUCCUUGGUGACGAGCGGUAAUGCUGGCCAGGAGAGACAGAGCCAGCAGUGCAGGAAGCGAUGACUUCUGGGAACACACCCAGGAAUUUGUCUUCUGUUCCGCAAUAAGCCCUCUUUUCACAGAGGGUCCAUCUUUUUAUAUCUACACAUAUACACACUCUUCAAUAAAGACACAUUCGUAAGUGAAAUCCCAGACACAUCCAUUUCCUAGUGUACUCUGCUUAGCUCCACCCAACUGGCCUGUGGAUUCUGUUGCUGGGGUGAAGGGGCCAGUCUGACACACUUAGCAGGCAAGGGCCAGUACUGGUCUCCAGAGCCUGACCUUGCCUUUGGUGGUCAAGUAAGAGCUUUCCUCAAGAGAGCAGAGAGUUCUGGGGACCCUGGCAGCUAACCAUAGAAUAUUCAGUAAUGUGUGUGCCAGGCUUGAGGGGGCCUCUGGUGUCUGAAAAAUCCCCAGGGGAACCCAAGCUCUUGGGGCUUUUGAAGUGAUAAUUCAUAUUUCUGAAGCACCAUAAUCCUGUAAGGUCGAUUGUGUACAUAUUAUUCAUGUUUUAUAGAUGAGGAAAUGGGUUCAGAGAAAAAAAUGACUUGCCCACAGACAAACAACUAGUAACUGCUGUUCAAAUCCUAGUCUCAACUCCAAGCCAGCUUUCCUAAAUGCUGAUAGGAAAGCCAGUGAAAAUACUGGGGUUGAAGGCUACAGGCUCUACACCUCUCCCUCCCCCCACCCCUGCCAUAUUGGUGGGUUUGAGAUGCUAUUUUCAUUUGAUUCUGGGAAUGGUCAGCCAUAGAAGACAGAAAAGCCCUGGAGGGCUGCCAGUGGUGAAUUUGGGGAGGUUAAUAUUGCUUAUCCCCUCCUCCUUCCUCCUGUGCCUUACAAAGCACCAAGUAAGUUCUGUGGGGAAAGGUGGGGGCAAGAAUGUGUAAAAUGUCCACUGUUGGUCAGUUGUGGUGGCAAUAAAGAGCUUGUGACAUGAAA